AUGACCUCUGAUGCUUGCCUCAUCGAUGGAAUGUAUUUGCUUCGAAUAAAAUUCGAGUUUAAAUUGGAUGAUGCCGAUUUUUUGAAAAUGGAUGAAAGGAUGCCGUUGCCCCACAGCAGUGUGUCGUUGUCGAAUGAGUUAAUUCCAAUACACAAACUUCACAAAUAUUUGCAGCUUUUCGCCCCUACAGAAAAAAUCGACUCUUCGGUACUAUCAACUUUGGCAGAAUUGGGAUAUGAGUUUGUAGUCUCGAUCAUAGAAGAGGCGUGCCAAUUGGCGUCGCUAAAAGAAUCCCGAGCGCUUGAACCAAGAGACAUCCAGUUUGUAGCAGAAAACUUGCACGAUAUUCAUCUGCCAUCUACUCUUUCCGUUUUUUCCGGGAAUUCAGAGGCCAUGGAUCCGCUCUCGGCCUCCAUUACAUCCAGCAUGGCUUCGGGAUCCCUGUUGGCCAGAGAUGACGCACAUUUGCGAAGGAUGGCACAGAUUAGGCACAUCGUCUUAAAUAGCAACCCUUCAGAAGAUGGAAAGCAAAAAUAA